CGACUUCGGGACAGCUUUUGCGCACUGCACCACACAACUUCAACUAACGAAACCCGAUUCAAGUGUUUUGAUGUGUAUAAAACCGAGAGGAGCAGCAACGAAGAGAUCAGUGUAACAACAUUUGGCGUUUACAAAGCUAAACUUGAGUGAUCAAAAACCGUUUUCUAGCGAAUUUUUUCAAGUGUAAGAAAAAUAAGUAAACUUAUUAAAACAACAAAAUGCCUUGCCCAUGUGGAAGCGGUUGCAAAUGCGGUUCGGAACCUAAGACUGGUAAUUGCGGUUGCGGUUCGGCGUGCAAAUGUUGUCCCUGUGGAAGUGGUUGCAAAUGCGGCUCACAAACACAAAGUGGCAGUUGCGGUUGCGGUUCGGCGUGCAAAUGUUGCCCCUGUGGAAGUGGUUGCAAAUGCGGCUCACAAACACAAAGUGGCAGUGGCGGUUGCGGUUCCAGCUGUAAAUGUGGUCAAUAAAAAUGCAUCAAAUAGUAUUUGUAACAGUAGUUUAUUAAGUUUAAGCAAAAAUUAAUUUAUUUAUAUAAUUUAAUUGUAUGGAGUUAAAUAUACAUAAAACCAUGUAAAAACACAUAUAGUACGCAGCACUAAAAUAAGCCCUUCAAAUUUCUCUAUCAAUAAACAACAAAAAGAAAUUAA